CGUCAAACUGCGUUCAGUAACAUUCCAACUGUCAAAGCGAGCGAAACAUUCGGGCCAAGAAAAAUGUAUCUGCAAGUGUGAGGCGCGGAUACGCGUGCGUGUGUAUGUGUAUGUGAAGAGGAGCAGCAGCAAGUGAAGAAGUCUAGAAAAUAAACAAAAUAACAAAAAAUUGCUGCGAAGUGUAUACUAAAAGUGGAAAAAUAUAUUAAAACAACAUAUAGCCACUAGUAGUUUAGUGCAAAGCGCCAGCUAAAGUGUUAAGAUGCAAUCUGCGGUGUCCCCGCGUUGGUGUUGGCGCUAUCUGCGUCUGAGUUGUUGCCUCGCCGUGCUCGGCGCGCUGCUGCAGCACACGCUGGCGCUGCCCGAUGUCAUCAAAAUCGGUGGCCUAUUUCAUCCGACCGACGACACACAGGAGUUGGCCUUUCGUCAAGCUGUUGAGCACAUCAACUCGGAUCGAUUAAUAUUGCCGCGCUCCAAGUUGGUGGCACAAAUUGAGCGUAUCUCGCCGUUUGAUAGCUUCCAUGCGGGCAAAAGAGUUUGCGGCUUGUUGAACAUUGGCGUGGCAGCCAUAUUCGGGCCACAAUCCUCGAACACCGCGAGCCAUGUGCAAAGCAUCUGCGACAAUAUGGAGAUUCCUCACUUGGAGAACCGUUGGGAUUACCGUUUGCGACGUGAAAGCUGCUUGGUGAACUUGUAUCCACAUCCAAACACACUGGCCAAGGCUUAUGUGGAUAUCGUGAAGCAAUGGGAAUGGAAGACUUUCACCAUUAUCUAUGAGAACAAUGACGGCAUUGUACGGCUACAGGAGUUAAUCAAGGCGCAUGAUAACUCACCGUAUCCGAUUACAGUGCGACAAUUGAGUUUAUCGGGGGAUUAUAGACCACUGCUAAAACAAAUCAAAAACUCCGCCGAAGCGCACAUCGUACUCGACUGUUCCAGCGAUAAAAUUUACGAAGUACUCAAGCAGGCACAACAAAUUGGCAUGAUGAGCGACUAUCACAGUUACUUGAUUACCUCACUGGAUCUGCAUACCAUCAACCUAGACGAAUUCCGUUAUGGUGGCACGAAUAUAACCGGCUUUCGUCUGAUUAACGAAAAAGUCGUCUCGGAUGUGGUGCGUCAGUGGAGUUUCGACGACAAGGGUUUACAACGCUCUGCCAAUUUGAGUACGGUGAGAGCGGAGACUGCGCUAAUGUACGAUGCGGUACAUCUUUUCGCAAAAGCAUUACAUGAUUUGGAUACAUCGCAACAAAUCGAUAUACAUCCCAUUAGUUGUGAUGGUCAAAAUACGUGGCAGCAUGGUUUUAGUUUGAUUAACUAUAUGAAGAUCGUCGAAAUGAAGGGUCUAACCAAUGUGAUAAAAUUUGAUCAUCAAGGCUUUCGCACCGAUUUCGUGUUGGACAUUAUCGAAUUAGGGCCGAUGGGUAUACGCAAAAUUGGCACAUGGAAUUCAACACUGCCGGACGGUAUCAACUUUACGCGUACCUACAGCCAAAAACAGCGCGAAAUUGAAGCGAACUUGAAGAACAAAACGCUGACGGUCACAACAUUAUUGAGCAAUCCGUAUUGCAUGCGCAAAGAGUCAGCAGUUCCACUCACAGGCAACGAUCAGUUUGAAGGUUACGUUGUUGAUCUCAUACAUGAAAUCUCAAAGGCUCUGGGUUUCCAUUACAAAAUUCAAUUAGUGCCAGAUGGCAGCUAUGGCAGUUUCAACAAACAAACUCUCGAAUGGAACGGCAUGAUACGUGAGCUGUUGGAGCAACGCGCCGAUCUUGCGGUGGCUGAUCUCACCAUCACCUUUGAGCGUGAACAGGCGGUAGACUUCACCAUGCCCUUCAUGAAUUUGGGCGUGUCGGUGCUUUAUCGCAAGCCCGUUAAACAACCGCCGAACUUAUUUUCAUUCCUCUCACCGCUUUCACUCGACGUUUGGAUCUACAUGGCCACAGCAUAUUUGGGUGUUUCGGUGCUGCUCUUCAUUUUAGCACGCUUCACACCUUACGAAUGGCCCGCAUAUUCUGAUGCACACGGCGAGAAAAUAGAAAGUCAAUUCACACUAAUGAAUUGUAUGUGGUUCGCAAUCGGUUCCUUAAUGCAGCAAGGCUGUGACUUCUUGCCCAAAGCUUUAUCAACGCGUAUGGUAGCUGGCAUUUGGUGGUUUUUUACUUUGAUCAUGAUCUCAUCGUACACAGCCAACUUGGCGGCCUUUCUCACUGUAGAACGCAUGGAUUCGCCUAUUGAAAGCGCUGAGGAUCUGGCAAAGCAGACGCGUAUAAAGUAUGGUGCUUUAAAGGGUGGCAGCACGGCAGCGUUUUUCAGAGAAUCGAAAAUAUCAACCUAUCAGCGCAUGUGGUCAUUCAUGGAGUCCGCACGACCAUCUGUAUUUACCUCGACUAACGCCGAGGGCGUGGAGCGCGUAGCCAAGGGCAAAGGUUCAUAUGCUUUCCUCAUGGAAUCCACAUCCAUCGAAUAUGUGACCGAACGUAACUGUGAGCUGACACAAGUCGGCGGCAUGUUGGACACCAAAGGUUAUGGCAUAGCAGCGCCACCGAAUUCACCUUAUCGCACCGCCAUCAAUGGCGUCAUACUUAAGCUGCAGGAGGAGGGUAAACUGCACAUACUGAAAACCAAAUGGUGGAAGGAGAAGCGUGGCGGCGGCAGUUGUCGCGUUGAGACAUCGAAAUCCUCAUCGGCCGCAAAUGAGUUGGGUCUGGCGAAUGUGGGCGGUGUGUUCGUCGUGCUAAUGGGCGGUAUGGGUGUGGCAUGUGUUAUUGCCGUCUGUGAAUUUGUGUGGAAAUCGCGAAAGGUUGCCGUCGAAGAACGGUUAAGUGCGAUCUUGCACGAAUGAGACUAAAAGCAGGAUGUGUGGGUUUAGGCUAACCAUUGAAAGGGACAGCGAAAAUUAUCAUGGCAUUAGAAAAGGUUUGAGAUACCAUAAAUCUAGCGAAGAAUGUAAGAAUUCAACAGAAUCGAUGUUUGAAGCGUGCCGUGCGCUUAUAUAAUUUGAACUUUAAGUUUUCUUCGAACAUAUUAGCGUUAAUUUAAUUGAGGUUAGUUAUAAUUUAGCAAAACAUAAAUACAUAACAGUUAGACAUACAUUUAGAGACAUAUAAAAUUUAAAAUAGUAUCAAAUAUUUUAUAAGCGCAUACCAUAUGAGUAUCUAGAUUAGUGCUAGAGUUAUCGUAAUACACACACACAUACAUAUAUGCUGUAUACAUACAAACACAGCGCAUAAUAUAUUUACGUUUAGAUAAUAGAUAUUUAUAGCGAUAAGUUAAUAUGCAUUUAACACUAACAAAAAAUAAUCAUAUUGGAAUUGUGCUGUAUCAUAAGCAAAAUGCUAAACUUGUACACUUAGCUUAUGCUAAUUUAAUUACUUCAAUUAAAAUACCGUUAGCUAUUACAUUAAUUAGCUGUAACUAGCCAAAGCGCAUCAAAACACUCUAUUAAAUACGCACAAAGUUCUCCUUAACCCAAAAGCUGCUUAUAAUCCUUAUAUCUAGCUCGAAUAAGCAUCAUACAUCUACACUAACAAUGCUUAACAACUUCCUAAA